AUGAGAGCAACAGCCACCGAGACCGCUGCAGGAACCUCUGCGGGUCCCCGCAACCUGGGGCUCACUCCGCCUCUCCGGCUAAAGCAAAAGCCACGGAACUUGGGCGAGAAAGGUACUGCCCAUGGGCCUGCACAGGCCUGCUACAGCACUUGCAGCACCUCAGUGUCGACUAAAAACGAAAGAAGUGAAUGCGAUGCACUGCCUCCUUGGGACUUGGAGCCCCAACCCCGUCAUAUAUUGUUUCGCGACUUAUCUCCUUUAUCUCGCCGCCGAAUUCCCCUAACGAUUUUGAACAAAGGCACGAGACCGCAGCCGGUGCGCGUCUUGAACAGGCAUCAAGGAGACCUUCAGAUCGGCACGGGCCUUCACCUUUCACCGGACCCAAUCAUUUGUCCUUUGUUGGCCCCCGGGCUUUCCCUGCGCGUAAACGUGGGGGCCCCGCCUCUUUUGGGUCCCUCUGUUGAACAGGCGCUGAGGGUGGUUGGCCCAGGAGGACGAGAGGUGGAAAUCCCUGUUGAGGGGAGGGCUCCGCUGCUGAGUUUUACUUGUCCUUCUUUGCUGCAGUUCUCGCCAGUUCCUCCGGGAGUGCAGCAACAGCAGCACCUGCCGAUAACGAACACGAGUCCUUACAGCGUGAAGGUGCACGUUGAAAUUGCCCAAGGCGCCUCUCUUUCACUCAAGACCUUGCUUAAGCAGCAGCUGCUGCAGCUUUCCUUUCACCCGCAGCAGCUUGUCUUGGAGCCCGCAGAAGUCGGCUGCAUCGCCGUGCACCUCAAGGCAGACACCCCAGGAGAGGUUAACCUCCCUCUGCUGCUCGUCUGUAAACGAGCCCUGAAAGCCCCUUCUUCUCCUCGAUGCAGUCUCGUAUCGCCUGGUGGGUGGCAGCGCAAGAGGCCUGUGGGGGCCCCCCGCCCCCGGGGCACUGCGUGUAAGCAGCGGGAAGCUGAGAGGAUUUUUGCCAAGAGCAAGGGGCCCCCCGAGACGCAGACUGUGCAGUGGUCGGGGCCUCCACCGAAAGUGGAGGCCCAGCUGCAGCUGCAUGCGACUUGCGUCACCCCUCGUUGGGCAUUCACAGUAGAGGGUUCAGAGUUGCAGGGUAUCGACUUUGGGGCUGUCUUUCACGGAGAAGAACGCAGCCUGACGGUGCAUGCAAACAACUUGGGGGCUCUCCCUCUCGCCAUGAGCUUCCUCGUGCCUCAGGCCAGUCUCUCCUGCUUCGCAGCAGCAGGCCCAGGGCCUCCGAAAUCCCCGCCUACCCCCCUGCAGCUAACCUCAAGCAGAGUUCCUAAGGAGCUCCAAGAAGAGGCGCUACACCUCGAACCCCUUGCCCUUCCGCCUUCGUUGCGCUCGUCUUCACCCCGAGAAAGCAACGCAGCCCUACGCCUCAGCAACGGCAGCAGCAGCAGCAGCAGCACUGCAUGCGCUGCAUCAGAAAGCAAUCCUAAAAGCACAAAAGAAGCGGCGACAACUCAACGCCGACUCAGCACAGCAGCAACGCCCCGUCGUAGCACCCGCAUAAUCCCCACCGCCCCUAGCUGCUCCACCACGCAGCAGCAACAACAGCAGCUGCUGCUUCCGCAGCUGCAGCUGCAGCAGCUGCAGUUCCGGGAGCAGCCAGAACAAGCAGCAAACCCAGCCUCGUCGCCAGAUGGAACCCAUACAGAGGCAAGAGGGGAGGCGGCCCCUUCACUUGCUGCUCGACAGGUUUUUUCGUCUGACUCAGAAGAUUUUGACGCGCCCGAGUCUUUCAGAGGUGGGGGCCCCCGAGACACUCCCUGGGAAGCCCUGCUGCAGCAGUUUACCACCCCGUCUUUACAGGAGGCCCCCCUGGAGGCCCCACAUCCACCGGCAGAGCAGCCCGCCGCACCCCCCGUAGCAGCAGACUGCAACAAUUUUCAAAGAGGCAAUCAGCCCAGGCGUGGGGGGCGGCCUUCGCGAGUACUUCACAGGAAAGGAGUACACCGCAACGCAAAUGCAAAGGCAAAUGCCGCCUCAUCCUCUUCGACAUUGCAACCCUUAGAGGCUCCGAAGGACGCUUCAAAGGAAGCCCGACGGAGCCCGACACGAACACCACGCCGACAGGCGCUGCAGCAGCAGCAGCAGCAGCAGCAGCAGCAGGAAACGCUCCGAGGGCAGACAGCUUCUUCCUCAACCCCCCAUCUAACUGACAUGCAACCAGUGCCCCGGCCCACUGCCACGGCGCCUCACCAGAAGCGGCGGCGGUCGGCGUCUUCUCACCGCGCCUCGAGGGCCAGUGUAAAGUCUCCUGCUGCUGCUGCUGCUGCUGCUGUUCCUGCUGGUUCUGCAGAUGGUGCUUCGGGUACUGUUGGCGCUGUUGCUAGUGCUGAAGGUGCUGCUGCUCCUGCUGCUUCAGUUGCUGCUGCUGCUUCUGCAUCAUCAGUUGCCAGCUGGAAAGAGAAGCCUGUGUCUUUGUGGGGUCCUUUGGCGUUGUUGCCGGAUCGGGAUCGGCUUGACCUGUCGUCUCCCCAACAGCGUUCCCUCCCCUCCACCACUUUGCCUGUACAGCUGGCGCUGUGUCGCCGCCUGUCUAGCCCUUCAGUUGUUUUGGGGGCUAUUGGGGCCCCAUGGGGCCCCAAGGAGGAGAGUCUGGGGGGCCCCUUCUGUGCUAUUGAGGUGACGCCUUCUGCGCUGCUGCUGCCCCCCCACGGCUCUGCUGCAGUGCAGCUGAAGCUGCGGAGUGAGCCGUGCGAACUUCGCUUUGGGUUUCAACAUUUAGAAAAUUUAAACGAAGUACAAACGCCAAUGGCCUUCCACCUCCACGUCUUAGUUUCCGUUGCACGGCUUGAAGCUCCCCUCUGCCACACUAACUACGCCUCACCAAAGCCCCAGUCCCCCUGCAGCAGCAGCAGCAGCGGCUGCGGCAGCAGCAGCGGCAACAAGAACAGCAGCAGCUGCUGCAACGGCAGUGACGGCGAAAGAUUGGGAGUGCCUGUGAUGGGCCCCUUGCCUGCAACAGCAGAAGGAGACACUCCAAAGGCCUCCCUCAAUGAACAAAGAAGCCCUCUAACAGCGAGGUUGUCUCUCAGCAAAUCAAAGGGGCCUCAAGGACUGCCAGUGGUGGCGCGUCUCCGCCCAGAGACUGCAGGGGCCACUAGCGGCUUGGGGGGGUCUCGACGGAGUGUAAGAGGAGGAAGAGGAGACAGCAGCAGCAGCAACAGCAUAAAGCAAGACAGAGGCACCGCGCCGUGUGUCUUUGCUUCCCUGCUGCAGCUGCUCCGCACCGCCAUCGUUGCAGAAGCAAACGCAGCAGGAAAAGCAAACGAAAAUAACAAGAAAGCAUGCACACGCUCGCCUCCCUCCUUUCUGAGCUGCAGUGCAGACUCCUGCUCUUCUUCCUCCUGCUGCUGCUGCCCCGCUGACUCCCGCUGCUGCUGCUGCUGCUACUCAGGAGUCAACGACCCGCAAACUGGUGCAGGGCCCCCACGGACGCUAUCUCCGCAGAGACGAGCAAGCAGCAUCAGCGGCAACGGCAGCAGCAGCAGUAGCAGCAGCGCAUGUGGCGGGUCUGUCGGUGUCUCGGAUUCUGUGGUUGUGGGGUGUACACGCAACGGGGGAGGCUCUUCUUCGCAGCUCCUCAGCCUACCUUCUCUUCACCAUCAGUUGCUUGCAGGACGCUUUGAGCUGCGGCUGCCCCGGCUUGAGAUCUCCCCUGGGGCCCUUAAUUUCCCUGGCUGCGUUGUGGGUGAGGAGCAGCAGCAGGUUCUGCUGCUGUUGAACUGCAGCAAGACGAAGCAGCUGGAUUUUCAUGUAGACGCGCGUCACCCCUUCCGUUGCAGACCUACCAAGGGGCUGCUGCUGCCUCAGCAGCAAUUCAAACUACACGUUGUAUUUACCCCUAAACACCUCGGGCCCAGCACUCAGACAAUGAAAAUAACCUUCUGUAACAAAGCCUAUAAGCGCAGCAUCCGGCUCACAGGCAUGGGGCUCAGCAACCUUAAAACUACCAUGCAAGAAGCAACACAAAUGCAGCUGCAGCAGCAGAAGAAGAAGAACCAACAGGAAAAGCACCAGGAGAAGCAGCAGCAACAGCAGAUGCAGCAGUAG